AUGUCAUAUAGAGAACUUCGUAACUUCUGUGAGUAAAUGAGGGCUUUGGGUUAUCAUAGGAUAAUUUCAAUGGAAAACUUUAGAAGGCCUAAUUUUGAGCUUGUGGCUGACAUUCUUUUUUGGCUGGCUUAAAAGUAUGAUCCAAACUCGGAUAUUUCUGAUAAUAUUGACGAGGAAGUAAAAAUAAUAUUAAAGCUUAGCGACAUAGGGUAGAAUUUAUUAAGCAAAUAACAACUCUAUUUGUUAGUAAGGCUAGGCUUAAGAUAAACCCAAAGAGAUUGUAUAUGGCUGAUGUUUACGCUGUUUAAGAAAUUUUGAAAAUUUCAACAUUCUUGUAUAAGGCUUAAGUAUCCCCACCUGCUGAUGAGGAAGAGAUUCAUGAUUUUGUAAUUAUAUCUAUGAGUGUUUAAAGUCCCUCCCAUCGAAAUUAAGUAAUAUUAAGAGUCAUAAGUUAUUGGCUCAGGAAAUUACUGAUCUGGCCACAAGACUGUAUGAUUAAUUAGGAAAGGAGGAUGAAGUCAAAGUAGCAAGAGUAAGAACAUUAUGAUAAUCCAUAGGAAAAAGCUUUGCAAUUUUUGUCUAAUGUCUCAAGAGGCGGAAAUUCACAAUCUGAAUAAUCUUAAAUACAGAAUUGCAUCCAAACCAUAUUGAAAUAGCAAGAAAAAAAUAUUCAGGAGAUGUCCAAAUAUGUAGGUAAUUUAGAGAGGGAUCAAAAAUAAUUGGAUGAAAAGAUAAAGAGAAAAACAAAAGAACUAGAAUAAGCAGAGAAAAGAUUAAAGGGCAUGACGAGUGUUAAGCCUGCUUAUUAGGAGGAAUAUGAUAGAUAAGAAUACGAAUUGGAGAAGUUGUAUCAGGUAAUAUGAUUUAUGAAACAAUUAGAUUUAUGUCGAGAAAUUUAGAAAUCUAGUUUAUUUGGAGCACGUCUUAGAUGCACAAAAUAGGUAGGCAGAAUUGGAAUAAAGGAGGAAGCAUGAAUAACUUAAAGACGUGAGGGAUUGGAUUUAGAUUGCGUAAGACAAAGAAUUAAGAGGGGAUGAUGAUGGAAAUGAUGAAUAGUUAGAUCAAUUGGGAGGAGAUUCCCGAUUAUAAUCAAGUAAUAAGGAAAAGCGUAAUAAUGAUUUUAUGAGAAAUUAAUAAGGUGGAUUUAACAGAUAAUAAAUGGAUGAGGAUGGUGGAGAAGACGUAGAUGAUAUUGAUGAUAUAGACGGAGAAGUUGAUGACGACGAAGAUGGAGAGGAUGAAGAUGAUGGAAUUGAGAAUUUUGAUGAUGAUAAUGAAGCUGACUUUUGAAAUAAAUUAAUCCAUUAUCUGUAUAAAUAUUAUUAA